GUGCCCGUAAAGAAGUUAUCUAUUUAGCCUCACCCUUUAGUUUUGUACGAUUUGUGAUUAGAAUUAUUUUCACCGGCUUUGGAUUGGAGAGAUCGCUCUAAGCGCCUGGGCGCCAAAUGAAAAAAAAUCAUUAUCCAGCACAAAAUAAUUCAGUGCUUAAAAGUAAGCUUCAAAGUAAGAUUGAUGCUCUUCUGAUUAUGAGUAAGGAGCUGGACAAAAGCAGCAUGGAAAGAGAUAGGUACAAGGUUCUGGUUGAACAAUUAAAAUAUAAGAAACCAACUAUCCUCAAUCAAAAUACUAGCAGCAGUAUCUAUAAAUUCACACCCACAAACACAGUCAGCAGUGGGGAUAUGCUUGCCAAAACAAGAGAUCAAAACAAUACUCUAAAACUUGAGGUAGAAACUUUGCGAAGUAAACUAGAAGAAGCUACUGGUGAUAUUGUUGCUUUAAGGAAACAGUUGCAAAGAAAAACCUUUACUUGUGAAAACAACCCUGAAUCCAGAGAAUCUACUUUAGGUUAUUCCAAUAAAAAUUUUGAAGAAUCAAUAGAAGAACUAGAAAAAAUCCAAAAGAAAUACCAACAAAUCCAACUGGAUUAUCGGGCUACUUUAGAUGAAAAAGAAGAGUUGAUUUCUGAUCGUGAUUAUUAUAAGAACAAAGUCCAACGGUUAAAUCAGCAAAUUAGUUACAUACUCACAAACAGGAUUAAACUUCAAUCAGACAAAGAGAUUGACCCACCAAAGCCAAUUGUUGACAUAGAUGCUUUAGUUACAGAAAACAAAUAUCUUCAUGAGAGGAUAACGCAACUGCAAGUUGAGAAAGAAAUUAUUAAAAGAACAUUAACAAAAUACAAGACACUUUUGGAUAAUAGAAACUCUAAUGAAGCAAUGAAUUUGAAAAAAGGAUUUAUGGAUGUGAUGACUCAAAAACAAGGUUUAAAAAAAAAUAUUCUACCUUAUGUCAUCAUAUUAUGACUACCUAUGAAAUUGCCGUUUUUUAAUGAAAUAAGUUAACGCCCUUUUUUGCUAUAUUUUUUAAUUUUAUCAGUCAAAGUAAAUACCAAUGCAAUCAAUGCAUUUUGCCAAUGUAGUGGUAGCUAGUAUUGAUGCCCUUUUUGAAAAAGUCUACUGGAUGGGAGACAACAAAUUCUUUAAAGGCAUUUUGAAUUGCCUCUCUGUUAUUGAAUUGCUUAACCGCUAAGAAAUUAUCCAAAUUCUGGAAGAACUAGAAGUCUGUAGGGGCAAGGUCUAAUGAGUACGGUGGAUGACGAAAAACUUCCAAUCCCAGAUCUUUUAACUUGGGAGACCGUCUGCUGUACAGUAUGAUGUCGCGCGUUGUCGUGCAGGAGCAGUGGAGCCGAACAAUUGACCAAAGCUGGUUGGAUAUGUGCGAGAGUCUCCAUCAUUGUGUUCAAUUCUUCACAGUACACAUCUGCGGUAAUGCUCAUCCCGUUUUGUAAGAAGCUGUAACGAAUGAUACCGGCGCUAGACCAUUAAACAGUGACCAUCACUGUUUUAAGCGUCAGUUUUCAAUAGGCCUUCGUUUGUACGCGUACUUCGCGCUGGCGAUCAUUCAAUUCGUCGAGCACCCAUUUGUAAAGCUUUUUUACCUUGGUAAUAUGACGCAAAUGGACCAUUAUUGUUUUGGUCCUAACAUCGAAAGCUGCUGCUACUUCAGCUCUAGAUUGAGAAUCAUCAGUUUCCACAAUCGCUUUUGAUACGUCAUUGGUGUCGAUUAUGGCGUGAUUCUCUAAACUUAAAACCAAAUUUAACAUCAGUCUCUCUUUUUCAUUCUGUAUAGAGAAUGACAAGGAAACACUGUUGUCAAGCUUAAGUUUAGAUUUAGAGAAUCGUGCCAGAAUCGACACCAUUGUCGACUUAAGUUUUCGGACGAUCACAGGGUUCAUUUUUAGGUCGAUAUUUCCAUAACGGAAGCGGGCAACCCAGUAACGGGUGGUGCAAUCGUUCAGCAAUCGUUACUAGUAUUCGCUCCGUGUACGUUGUUGAUGUUGCAUGCCUCUCCUGCCGCUUUGCUGCCGCGACGGUACUCAUACUCCACAAUAACUCGAAUUAUUAACGUAUUCAUGAUGACGAAAAACGUACAAAUGACUAUUUUUAAAAAAGAAUUCAAUAUGGAAUAAAAAUAGUUUGAACUUAGAAUGCUUAGCAAAAAACAAAAAA